GAACUUCAGUACUGUUCACGUGCUCAAACGGUGAGGUGAAUACUCCUCCUACCAGCUCCAAAAUCAAAAUUUUUUCAGUUCACCUUUGAAAAUACUCCAAACACUUAACACUUGACACGUUAUGAAUCGAGUUCUGGAGGAUGUGAUCCACCGGAACGCAAGUGUGGUGGAUCGCAUCACCGUGGAGUCCACUCAGGGCUAUGUGGUUUCCGAUAACAUAGCCAAUGCGGUGGCCGAGUCUUCGUUUGACAACACCAGUGCCCAGGCGAUAGUCAAGCACAUUCACGGAAUCUUGGUAAGCACCUGCCAGAGCGCUGUGCGGGACAUUGAUCCUGCGAAUAGCGUAUGCUUCCUGAGACUGGCCACCCGCAAGUUUGAGUACCUGGUGGCGCCGGAGGAGUACUUCACCGUCACCGUCGUUCAAUGAUUUUUCUGUUUAUUGUUUAAUGGUAAGCUCUUCUGGAGAAGAGUACCGUUAUUUAUACACCUAUAUUGAGCGCAUUUCUUUGGGAAAAUCUUUCGAAAUCUUAUAUUUCGGCAUAACAAAAUAAUUACUAUACAAUUUUGUGGCUCUCCAUUACUAAUGUAACACGACUAAAACACUGAAUUAAAUAACGGUUAUCAUCUAUCUGGUUCUGAAACACAAUUCUAAUACUACAAUUCCGAUGUUACACUCCGGAAUUAUCGAUAUCAUCUAUCUGGUUCUGAAACACUAUUCUAAUACUACAAUUCCGAUGUUACACUCCGGAAGGUUAAUAUUGGGUCGUAUUAUUCUCUUCAAGGUCAGUAGGAUCGAUCGGUUGCUUAUGAAUUCACUCUACUAGCUUGCUUACUUCGGCUGAAGUAUUAUUGAUGUCGUAUUGCUCUCAUUUAUCCUUAUAUGUAGCGUAAGGUUCCAACCAAGAUGAAUUGAUGAAGUCUUUACCGCAUAAUCUAUAAAGUUGCCUACAACUUUUAGGAAUAACUUUCUAAAAUGCUGCCGAUGGGAAAGGUUUAGGACCUUGUUCCUAAAAUCUCUAGGCAAUUUGAAAACUUUAAAUGUUUAUGAAAUCUUUCUGAUUUUUGUCCUCAUUGAAAAAUAAGAAAAUACAAAAAUAUUUGGCAAUUACCUCAUAAAUAAAUAUUAUGUGGACUUUACAUGUGCAACGACGGAA